ACCGCGCGCGGUAACACUUUAACUAGUUCCUCAUCAACCAUGGCUACAGUAGUCGGACUCCUUCUUCUUGGCUUUUUAGCAGGCACUGGCUUCUCGCACGAUUCCCUAGACGAUGGCCAUGGGCAAUAUACUUUUGCCGAUUUCACGGCUCGACUCCAUUCUCGAGACACGUUGUCUUUUACUGACAUAAACAAAAUAUUCGAAAAGCUUUACUUCGAAAAUUGUACUUCAACUGGACGAAAACAAGACUGUAACAGGUGUUUUUCCCCGUCCGAUCUCGGUCUUAGCUCAUCUACGCUGUUAAAUGCGACCGAAUUUGCCGCGAAAUCCGUGGCGAUUGUUUACUACCUUACGCCAGGACAGAAUGCCGGACUCGCUAACUUGAGUGCCGUGUGCAACACGUCGAUAGCGGUUCCCAACAACCUUUUCGCCACGAUUAGAUCCAAGUACGGUGCUAAUAGCUCACAUGGGAUCACCACACACGCACUAGAUGGAAUCCUACAGGCCAUUAAUACAACUUUAGGGAAGAAUCUCUCCAAGAAAAAGUGCUUUAAUGCGGAGUCCAUAACAGAGGGUGUCCAUGCAUCAUCUGGUCACUCUGAGCAUGGAGGACACAAGGAAGAGACUCUAGAUGAACAUGAUUUUGAACACGCCUGUGCCAGUAUCGUGUCUCACCUCUACCAGGGCUACUGCAUUGGUGAAAGCCAUCAUGACCAUGACCAUGCUAAAAACCUUCCAGAUAAGAAAUUCUUUCUGGAUUACCUUUACAAGAAUAAACAAUACCUAGAUGAAGAUGAUCUAUCCAAGAUCGCCAAAAAACUUGGAAUAGCAAUCAAUGCCAAACCCUCAUCUGAGAGCCAUGAUGGUCAUUCCCACAAAAGGAAGCGUCGAGCAGCUGAAGCCACCCCAACAACUGCCACACCCCAUAACCAGACGUGCUUCACUCUUGAUCAGAUGCUGGAAGUGUUUGGCAUUGACCAUGCUAUUGGAGCUAGUAGGCUCUACUUCAAGGAACUUUGUCCAGCAUUCAUUCAACAAGCUAUCAGUGGUUCUUGUGCUGCUAAAGCUUCUGCCACCAAGAAAGAGGAUGCUGAAAUGGCAAAGGUCUGGGGGUAUGGUUUCCUUGCUGUUACCAUCAUUAGUCUAGUUUCAAUUCUUGGAGUUGUUACUAUUCCAUUGAUGGACAAGACAUUUUACAAGAAGGUGCUGGCACUUCUGGUGUCUCUAGCAGUAGGUACUCUUGCUGGGGAUGGAGUUCUUCAUCUGAUUCCACAUGCGUUUGGUCUACACAAGCAUGAAGAAGAUGGUGCACAAGAUCAUGAUCACAACAACGCUUACAUCUGGAAAGCUGUGGUUGUCUUGGCGUCCAUAUAUAUAUUCUUUGUUUUCGAAGUUCUUAUGCAUUUCGGUUUAAAAAAGAGGGUCCAUUCACACAGUCAUGUUGAUGUAGAGAUUCCUGGGCCAAAUAUCCAUAAUCUGAGUGUGAAACGGAAGUGCUCUAAGCUGGAGCACCACGAGGGGACACCACCAGCUGACGAUGAAGAUGAAGAGCAAAAGGAUAUUGUUUUGACAAAUGUGCGCCCUCAGUGUCACAGUCCAGCCUUUCAAUACUGCAUCCAAGUAUUUUCUGAAACUGAGAGCGGUGAUGAAUCCUUGCUUGAGGUUGUGAAGGAAAAUGGACACACUGCCGAAAAUGGGACAACACCCAUUGCACCAAAACAGCCACAUCACAAAAAAGAAUCACUGAUGAAAGCACUUUCCCGCAAAUCUGUCUUUAAAGCCAAUGGCGAAGAUGAAGAAAAGCCAAGUGGGAUAUCCUCGGUAGCUUGGAUGAUCAUCAUUGGAGACACAAUCCACAAUAUUAGUGACGGUCUAGCCAUAGGUGCUGCCUUCAGUGAGGGGGGAUCCUCGGGAAUUUCUGGUGGAAUCAGCACUUCCAUAGCUGUAUUUUGCCAUGAGUUGCCACAUGAACUUGGGGACUUUGCUGUCUUGCUGACAGCGGGAAUGAGCGUGAAGAUGGCUCUCCUCGCAAACUUACUGUCUGCCUGCUCCUGUUACCUUGGCCUUAUCAUUGGCAUUGUGAUAGGCCAACAAAUGGAGGUGCGGCUCUGGAUCUUUGCUGUCGCUGGAGGCAUGUUCAUCUAUGUGGCUCUGGUUGACAUGCUUCCUGACUUGAUGCACAGUGAAAGCUUGCAGACUGAUACAUGGAAGACUUUUCUUCUCCAGAAUAUUGGUAUUCUAACCGGCUUUGCCCUUAUGCUCAUCAUUGCUGUCUUUGAAGAAGACUUGAUGGCCACUAAGUUUUAAAGACGACACUAUUUUAGACAUAUAUGCCAAGGAACAUACCGUACAUGCUAAGGCACUUGUCUUUUGCUAGUAUAUGGAGGUGAUGUGUAUCCAGACGUUUUCAAAGGUUAUGAUAUUUUAAUAUAGCAUCCUUUAUUAGUUUAGUGCAUUGCGAUUCGUGAUUUGACUAUUGUAAUGGUCUGUAAAAUAAUUGUUUAUAACUUUUCUGCCUCAGAAAUGACAACAUUUGACAACAUUUUAGUGGCAUGGUAUUAAUGACAAAGGAAUUGGCAGUGUAUGUUAAAGGGUUGCUUGAAAAACAUGACUUUGAAUUACAGAUUUGCUGAUUUGUAAGUCGACGCCCUGAAAACUCUUGGUCAUGCCCCUAUAUAAUGUAUUUUAGCUACCUUCAGCAGCUGAGAUUACCUGCAUUAAAUUGUAUUUAAUUUUGAUUUGAUUAUGUUAUUGAAAAUUUCACAAUCAGUAUUUUCAAAUUACUGCACAAUAUUUAAUUUUAUUUUGAUGUGGGGAAAGUGCGAUUGAAACUAUUUAGGCAAAGCCCAAGUUACUGAACCACAUCACUAUUUUUGUUUUCAAUAUUUUAAGUGUAUUGCACCUUAUUUAUGCCGGGGUUUAGUAGUUAUUUGACCAUGUUUAGUGGCAUGGUGUUAUUAUGACAAAGGCAUAGGCAGUGUGUGUUCAAGGGGUGUUGCUUGACAUGCUUAACUUUGAAUUACAGAGUUGUAUGUCGACUCCCUUAAGACUCUCAUCCGUGCCCCUGUAUAAUGUUUUUGGUUAAUGAAUUAAUUGUUAUUGUACCAUAAUUGAUUUUUAUCCGAUGCGGCGAAAGCAGGAGUAAAAUUUUGAUUUAGGCAAAGCUCAAGUUACAGAACAACCACUAUUUUGAUUCUCAAUAGUAUUUGUUGAAUAAAACGUAUUUUGGUA